GAAACUUCGGUUUGUCCGAAGCUCAUUUCCAACCUGGGAUUGGCAUUCGGCCCAGCUAGUACCUGUGUAUAGGCGAAGUCCAACUCACGUCUCCUGAGUCUACUCAAUUGGUUGACUUCACUCAGAAGUCAGUAGUCCUCUGCUUUCCCACCAUUUCUCCAAACCGAGAGAGAGAGAGAGAGAGAGGAUGGUGAGAGCUUCGAAGAAAGACGAGAAUGGCGGAAAAGCUCAAGAUAACCCAGAGUUGGAAGAGCGGAAAAGACUUAAAAAGCUCUCAUUCUCUAAGAACUUACUCUCUCAAACUCCUGCGAGACCGAUUUCUCCCCUCAGCCCAUCGAAAAUUGUUCGCAAACACCAUGGGAGAGACAUUGGGAAGAAAUCCCAGAGAAGGAACAGAUUCCUCUUCUCAUUUCCUGGCCUUCUUGCUCCAAUCACUGGUGGGAAGAUAGGAGAGUUGAAGGAUUUGGGAACUAAGAAUCCCAUACUCUACCUUGAUUUCCCUCAGGGUCAGUUGAAGUUGUUUGGUACAAUAGUUUAUCCGAAGAACAGGUAUUUGACUCUGCAGUUCUCUAAAGGAGGCAAGACUGUGACUUGUGAGGAUUAUUUUGAUAACAUGAUUGUAUUUUCUGAAGCAUGGUGGAUUGGGAGUAAAGAUGAGAAUCCCGAAGAGAUCCAACUUGAUUUUCCGAAGGAGCUGAAAGAGGGACAACAUGUAAAUGCAGACUAUGAUUUUAAAGGUGGUGCUGGUGUGACAUCCGAGGAAAAACCUGGUGCUUCAAAUCCUGGAAAAGAAUAUGUUGAUGUGAAGUCUCCUAGAACUGAUUCAGAAGAUGACAUAUCCAGGGAUUCUGAUCCAAUAACUGGGGAUGAUUUGAAUGACAUGAUGAAUGUGACACCAGUUAGACAAUCAGCAAGGACCGCUGGCAAAAAGUUCAACUUUGCAGAUGCUUCUUCUGGUGAUGAUUCAGAAGGUUCUCCUGACAUGGAUGCUGACAUACCUGAAAUUAAGGAAAAGGCAUCAAGUGAGGAUCUUGAUGAUGCAGAUAAGAUUGAAGGCUUCUCCUUGUCUGUAAAGAAGUCUAAAGAACUUCCUCUCAGUAAACGUGGUCCUCUUGUUCAAACUACCAUAUCAUCAAUGUUUGAGAAAAUGGAAGAAAAGGUCUGCUUCAGGGUAUGCCAGACGUGUGGGCCAAUGGGAGGGUGCAUGGGAGCGUCUUCAGCGCACACAGGGGGGGGGACGCAGUCUUUUCGCACCCACACCAGUCUGGGUGUUUCCUGCGCCAGACUGAAGUCCAGAAGAAGUUCAAGGACAUCCCCAAAACCUAAAGUUUCUGGCCGGAAGUUGGUGCAAACUGAUUUGAAACAAAAGGCUGCUCAAAAAGAAGAUGUGAAACCCAGGAAGAAGGGAUCAAUGAUCAAGGAAAGAAAGGCUGGUGCAGGAAUAGGAAGUGUGACAAAGCAAGAGCAGUCUGAG